CACAUGAUGAAACAACAUGCUACCUGAUUUAGCUGUGUAAUACUUUCGUUGUUUAAGUAAGUAAAGUUGUACUUUCAAAGAAUUUUUGUUAGUGAACUUCCUCCUUACAUUCUGAAUUCAGACCUCGGUUCAUCGGAAACUUUGUCAAGAUGCCUGUCCUGUGCAGUAGCUGUGCUGACAAGCGAGCUAUGCUGAAGCGUCCGAAAACAGGCCACUCGCUGUGUAAGGAGUGCUUCUUCUGGGCCUUUGAGGAGGAGGUGCAUCAGACCAUCGUGGCAGCUAAGCUGUUCAAACAUGGGGAGACAGUAGGAAUCGCCGCCUCAGGUGGAAAGGACUCCACGGUGCUCGCACAUGUAAUGAAGCUCCUAAAUGAGCGAUACAACUAUGGCCUUGAACUCAUGCUCCUCUCAGUGGAUGAAGGAAUCACGGGUUACCGAGAUGACUCCCUGGAGACCGUGAAGAGGAAUCAGCAACAGUAUGAGCUGCCGCUGAAGAUUGUGUCGUAUGAGGAGCUGUAUGGCUGGACUAUGGAUGCUAUAGUGAAGCAGGUGGGACUGAAAAAUAACUGCACAUUCUGUGGAGUGUUCAGACGGCAGGCGCUAGACAGAGGAGCCAUCAUGCUGAAAGUGGACAAGAUCUGUACAGGUCACAAUGCCGAUGACGUGGCGGAGACAGUUUUGAUGAACGUUUUGCGAGGGGACAUAGCUCGACUGCGCCGCUGCACUGCCAUCUCCACAGCCAGUGAAGGCGAUGGGGUCGUGCCGCGCUGCAAGCCCCUUAAAUAUGCAUAUGAGAAAGAGAUUGUUCUGUACGCUUACUUUAAGAAGCUGGACUACUUUUCCACUGAAUGUAUCUACUCGCCUAAUGCUUAUCGUGGCUAUGCGAGGACCUUCCUGAAGGACCUGGAGAGUGUAAGGCCUAGCUCCAUAAUUGAUAUCAUCCACUCAGGGGAGAACCUGUCUGUGCGAGAGGGUGUGAAGAUGCCUGUGCAGGGGACCUGCACCCGCUGUGGCUACAUCUCCAGCCAGGCGCUGUGCAAGUCAUGUGUGCUGCUGGAGGGGCUGAACCGAGGUCUGCCGAAGCUGGGCAUAGGCAAACACCACCGCCUGCACGACAAAAUCCUGUCCCAGCAGCCGCUCACUGAGAAGGAGGAGAGAAAGCUGAAAUCAGUAGACUUUUGACAAAUAUUAUCCCCUGUUUUAUUUACCAGAAGACUGAUGAUACACAUGAACUUUUAGAAUAAACCACAUUUGUUGUCUUUACACAGGAAAGACUAAUGAUCUUAUUUGUUUUAUCAUUAAUUGGAUAUUUAUUGAAAGUUUCUGUGGAAUAUUUUAAUUAGUAAAACUGAGAAAACCUCUGAGACCACAGAUGCAUCUUCACAGCAUAGAAAGUCUGCUCUGAUUACUUGGAUCACUGACACACUAUAUAGACAUACUUUGCAAUGUUAAAGAAUUUUAUGUUAAUCUUGAGGUUAUAAUAGAUACUGGAUAUUUAAACAGACGUGCUUUAAAGAAAUUUAAGUAGUGUACACCUGUGGUGUCUGUGUAAGGUGAGGAGACAAGGACGACCAACAAAUGUGAGAUUUGUACAUGUUUCCCACUGCAGUGGGCUCUCGAUGGCUACCUCUAAUGUCCCAUAAAAUGCACCAAUCUCUGGGGAAGAUGACACUCAUGGUCACAUCUAUGGUGUUUAUGACCUACCUUUAAAUAAAUGCA